UCCUCGAACCGAGGUCUGAGGCGCAAACGGCACGGCACUCGCGAGUCGUACACAACUCGAUCAAACGCACACCUGUCGUCGUCGUCAUUGUUGUCGCCGCACACUUGACCGAUUUUGAGACUCGUCAGACAGUACAACUCCGGGUGAUAAAAUGACAAACGCAAGUGUGAUCGAAUGGUACAGCGGUCGGUCGGUGUUCAUCACCGGAGGUACUGGCUACAUGGGCAAGGUUCUCAUCGAGAAGCUGCUUAGGGACUGCGGUGACAUCAAAACUAUUUACGUACUGUGCAGACCAAAGAGAGGUUUCAGCCCGGCGGCCAGGAUAGAGCAAAUAAGGAAAUUAGCAGUGUUCGAGCGGGUACGGACAGAGUUCCCAGAUAGGCUGAAGAAAAUCAAAGCGAUGGAAGGUGAUCUGGGCCUACCCGGACUCGGACUGAGCAACGAAAACAAGUCGAUACUUGUCGACGAAGUGUCAAUCGUCUUUAACGGGGCGGCGUCGUUGCGUUUGGAAGCUGGUCUGAAAGAUGCGAUAAGACACAACACCACUGGAACGAAGAAUGUGUUGGACUUGGCUGUCGAAAUGAAACAUUUGGAGUCGUUCGUUCAUUUGUCCACUGCUUUCUGUCACUGCGAAUAUGACACUCUCGACGAGACUAUUUAUCCAUCGCCAGCCAACCCGGAGGACGUCAUGCGCGCUGUCGAAUGGAUGGACGAUCAUACACUUGAAAUCAUCACGCCUAGAUUACUCGGGCCCCAUCCGAAUUGCUACACGUACUCUAAAAGGUUGGCGGAAUCGUUAGUCAGCGAAUAUGCCAAUCGGAUUCCAAUAUCUGUGGCCCGUCCAUCGAUUGUGACGCCUUCCUUCAAGGAGCCCGUUCCCGGAUGGGUAGACAGCUUAAACGGACCAGUAGGAGUCAUCGUGGCUGCCGGCAAAGGCGUGAUCCGAUCCAUGUUAUGCAGUGCAGAUUUUGAAGCGGAAGUUGUGCCAGUAGACAUUGCGAUUAAUGCUCUUGUUUUGAUCGCUUGGAAGAGAACAACAAUUGAUAAUACAACCGACGAUACUGUGCCUUGCUACAAUAUAUCCAAGGGAGACAUCAUUCGCCUGACUUGGGGCGAAGUGCUGGCCAAAGGAAAACGAUACGCAUACGAGUAUCCAUUCGACGCCGGUCUGUGGUACCCCAAUGGAUCGAUAAGGACCAACAAAUUGGUGCACUAUUUCAUUGUGUUCAUGCUGCAGGUAGUGCCGGCCUACUUGAUUGAUGGAAUCAUGAUAUUGGCUAGGCAAAAGACAUUCAUGGUCCGAGUUCAGAAGAGAAUAGCUGUCGGUAUGGAAGUGUUACAAUAUUUUACAAUGCGCAGUUGGAACUUCAAAAUCGAAAACACUAAAGCACUGAUAAACAAUUUGAACGAAGAGGACCUACGCAAAUUUUACAUCCAGAACACCGAAGUUGACAUUGAAAAGUACAUGAUCCAAGUUUUGCUGGGUGCUCGUCAAUAUUGCAUGAAAGAGCCUCUUGCAAAUCUGGACCGGGCUAGAUUUCAUCUAAAACUGCUGUAUUGGUUGAAUUUGGCAACUCAACUGUUUUUCGGGGUUCUACUCUUGUGGCUGUUCGUGCGUGUGUUUGAUUCUUUCAAGUUUUUGCUGGACUCUACCACAAAUUCGUUCACGAAAGUACCGAUCAUUGGAUCGUUAAUACCAGAGUGAUGUGCUCCGAAAAACCCUAAUAUUCAUAUCACUCAACCUUAUUAUGAUUGUUAUUUUGUAUAUGUAAAUGCAUAAUAUUACACUUACGGUUAUAUAUUAAUUAUUAUGUAAAGAUUGUUAUUGCAUACAACAUAUUAUUUUAUUACUGUGGAAGGGAUGAUCAUAAUAUUAUAUUUAUAGAUAUUAUUAUAUAUUAUAUAUAUGUUUAGUGUGGCUGCAGAUAUGAUUCUUCAUAGUUAUUAUUUUUUGUGUUUGUUAAUUAUUAUUAUUAUUAUUAUUUUUUAUACGGUUUUUUUUUUUUAGUGUAUGUAGUAAAAUAUAUAAAUGUACACCUAAUUGAAAAUUGAAAUAACACAAGAUGCAAUCGCACCGUUUUAAUGUAUGUUUAAUUAUAUUUACAACGAUUUAAAAGGGUUUUGAAUAAUUAAUUUACUUUAGAUAUUAUUCAAAUAUAACAUUAAUAUUCUCAAAACA